GACCUUCGGGACACCCCCUUGCCCGCUUGUUGCUGGGAGACGAGAUACCCGGCCUACCGAACCGCUCUCCACCUGCCCUCCCGCCAGCGAUAAGGCUGCGAGAGCCGAGGAGGCCAUCCGCAGCAUGGCAUCGCGACAAGCAAUCGACACGAAUACUAUGACGCUGACGAGGUUCGUCCUGGCCGAGCAGCGAAAGGUGCCCGGCGCCAUGGGAGACCUGACGCAGCUCCUGACUGCCAUCCAAACUGCCAUCAUGGCUGUCGCAGCAUGCGUGCGACGAGCCGGCAUCGCCCAGCUGUACGGCAUGGCGGGCAACACGAACGUUCAGGGUGAGGAGCAAAAGACGCUGGACGUGCUCAGCAACGACCUAUUCAUCAACCUGCUCAAGUCUUCGUACACCACCUGUCUCUUGGUCUCUGAGGAGAACGACACGGUGGUUGAAGUGCAGACCGAGAAGCAGGACAAGUACGUGGUGUGCUUCGACUCUCUGGACGGGUCAUCCAACAUUGACUGCCUCGGGUCCAUUGGCUCCAUCUUUGCCAUCUUUCGUCAGACUAGCUCGGGACGACCAAACGCGAAAGAUGCAUUGCAGACGGGGCAGAACGCGGUGUGCGUGGGAUACGCAUUGUAUGGAAGCGCGACAAUGGUCGUCAUGGGCUUGGGCCAGGGGGUCAAUGGAUUCAUGUUGGACCCCGCCAUGGGCGAAUUCAUCCUCACGGAUACCGACAUGAAGAUCGGUAAGAUCUACAGCAUCAACGAAGGAUACGCCAGCGCGUGGGAUCCCGCAGUCACGGAGUACGUCCAGAACAAGAAGUUCCCAAAGACUGGAAAGCCUUACGGUGCCCGCUACAUUGGUCCCAUGGUCGCAGAUGUCCACCGGACGCUCAAGUACGGCGGCAUAUUUAUGUACCCCGCCUACUUCAUGUCGAGGCCUACUUCAUGCAUGCAUGAAGUAGGCCUCGACAAUCUCGUGGUUGCCAGGCGCCAGCCGAGAUCGGCUGGUGCCUGGCAGGCCGGGCAGUAG